AUGGGCUCCAUAGCACCUGGCCCCCGCGUCGUCAUUGUCGGCGCGGGUAUCGUCGGCACCAACUUAGCCGAUGAGCUUGUCUCUCGUGGCUGGCGGGACAUCACCGUGAUCGAGCAAGGACCCCUGGACAUGCCGGGCGGCUCGACCUCACACGCCCCUGGGCUCGUCUUCCAGACCAAUCCUUCCAAGACCAUGACGCUGCUUGCCCGCUACACGGUGGAAAAGUUCCUCGGCCUCGAAAAGGACGGCCAGUCCUGCUUCAACCAGGUCGGUGGCCUUGAGGUUGCCACCACGCUGGAGAGGCUCGAGGAGAUCAAGCGCAAGCACGGCUACGCCGCGGCGUGGGGCAUCGACGCCAAGCUCAUCUCCCCUCAGGAGUGCCUGGCUCUUUACCCAGGUCUGAACGUUGAUAUGGUAUACGGUGGUCUGCAUAUCCCUAGCGAUGGCCUCGCGCUGGCCGCCCGCGCUGUGCAGUUGCUGAUUGAGCGUACGCGCGAAGCCGGCGUCAAGUACCUGGGCGGUACUCCUGUAACGGCCAUCGAGCAGGCGAACGGCCGAGUGACGGGUGUCACCACGCCGGACGGCAGCGUGCCAGCCGACAUCGUAAUCAGCUGCGCCGGUUUCUGGGGUGUCGAGCUGGGCGCCAUGAUCGGCUUGCCCAUCCCGCUUCUGCCGCUGGCCCAUCAAUACGUCAAGACGAGCUCGGUACCCGCGCUCAAGGAACGCGGCAAUGCACUUCCCAACGGCGCCACCCUACCCAUCCUGCGCCAUCAGGAUGCCGACCUCUACUACCGCGAGCACGGUGACACUUACGGUAUCGGCUACUAUGGUCACAAGCCCAUGCCCAUUCGCGCCGCGGAUCUGGGCGUCACUCCGACAGAAGUGGACGAACACCACAUGCCCUCGCGGCUGGACUUCACGCCCGAAGACUUUGCACCCGCGUGGGAGGAGAGCAAACGACUCCUGCCCGCCAUGGCGGACACGACGGUCGAGAUCGCCGACGGCUUCAACGGCAUCUUCAGCUUCACACCCGACGGUGGCGCGCUGGUGGGCCAAGCCCCCAACCUAGACGGGUUCUACGUGGCCGAAGCAGUGUGGGUGACCCACUCCGCGGGAGUGGCGCGCGCGGUGGCGGAGCUGCUGACCGACGGACGCUCGCAGAUCGACCUGGCGGACUGCGAGCUCAACCGCUUUGAGGAGGUGCAGCUGAACAAGUCGUACGUGGAGGAGACGUCCAAGCAGAACUUUGUCGAGGUCUACGACAUCAUGCACCCGCUGCAGCCGAAGCUGAGCCCGCGCAACCUGCGUCUCAGCCCCUUCCACGCGCGGCACAAAGAGCUGGGCGCCUUCUUCCUCGAGGGCGGCGCCUGGGAGCGGCCGUACUGGUUCGAGAGCAAUGCCGAGCUGCUCAAGGAGCUGCCGCAGGAGUGGCAGCCGGUGGGGCGCGACGCGUGGAGCUCCCGCUUCUACAGCCCCAUCGCGGCGGUCGAGGCGUGGAAGACGCGCACGGCCGUCGCUCUCUACGACAUGACACCCCUGCGACGCCUCGAGGUGACGGGACCGGGAGCCGUGGACCUGCUGCAGAGGCUGUGCACGGGCGACGUGGGCAAGAAGCCCGGCGCCGUGACCUACACGCUCGUCCUGAACGAGCACGGCGGCAUCCGCAGCGACAUUACGGUGGCGCGCAUCGAGCCCAACCUCUUCCAGAUCGGCGUCAACGGCCCCGUCGACACGGCGUAUGUGUCGCGCGAGGCCCGCUGGCAGCGCGAGCGCGACCCCAGCAAAUGGGUGGCGGUCAAGGACGUCACGGGCGGGACCUGCUGCAUCGGGCUGUGGGGCCCGUUGGCGCGCGAGGUCAUGGGCGCCGUCAGCAAAGAUGACUGGAGCAACACGGCCAAGGGCCUGCGGUACUUCCGCGUCAAGCGCGCUGUCGUGGGCGGCGUGCCCGUGACGGCCAUGCGGCUGUCGUACGUGGGCGAGCUGGGUUGGGAGCUGUACACGAGCGCCGAGCACGGCGUCAAGCUGUGGGAUGCGCUGUGGAAGGCCGGCCAGAAGCACGGCAUCAUUGCCGCUGGUCGCACCGCGUUCAACGCACUCCGUCUCGAGAAGGGCUAUCGCGCUUGGGGCGCCGAGAUGACGACCGAGCAUAACCCUUACGAGGCGGGUGUGGGCUUCGCCGUCAAGGCUGGCAAGCAGGGUUAUGUCGGCCAGGAGGCGACUGAGGGCCGCUCUGUCGACACCGCCAAGCAGAUCUUGCGCUGCAUCACCGUCGAUGAUGGCCGGUCGAUGAUUCUGGGCAAGGAGCCCAUCUACGUCAACGGCCAGGCCUCAGGGUACAUCACCAGCGCCGCCUACGGGUACACGGUUCAGAAACCAAUCGCGUACGGCUGGCUGCCGGCAGGCGUCAAGGAGGGCGACUCGGUCGAGAUAGAGUACUUUGGCCGGAAAGUCAAGGCGACGGUGACGCCUGAACCGCUGUACGACCCGAAGAUGGAGCGCCUGCGUGGGUAA